AUGCUGUCCCUCCUCGACCACGGCUUCGCGCCCGACGACUUCGGGCCGUCGUGGGCCAACAAGCCGGCGGAGGCGCCCGAACCGGACACCCGCACGGCCGUCUCCCCGGAGGAGCGGCGACGGCUCCACCGCAUGAUCUCCAACCGCGAGUCCGCACGCCGCUGCCGCAUGCGAAGGCAGCGCCACCUCGAGGAGCUCUGCGCCCGGGCGAGCACGCUCCGGUCCGAGAACCGCGACCUCGCGAACCGGCUCGUCGGCCUCGCCCACCGCCGCCUCCUCGUCCGCCUGGACAACCACCGUCUCCUCGCCGAGGCCUCCGUCCUCUCCCGGCGUCUCGCCGACCUCCGCGACUACCACUACUACUACCACCACGAACUGGUUUCUCACAGCGCCGCGUGUUUUCUUGGGUCGAAUUAA